AUGGACAAAGGCAAUUAUUCACUAGUAACUGAGUUCAUCUUCAUAGGGCUGACAGACCAGCCUGAGCUCCAGUUGCCACUCUUCUUCCUGUUCCUGGAGAUUUAUGUUGUCACUGUGAUGGGGAAUCUGGGCAUGAUUAUACUUAUCGGGCUGAGUUCUCAUCUUCACAACCCAAUGUAUUGUUUUCUCUUCAAUUUGUCCCUCAUCGAUCUCUGUCAAUCAACUGUCAUCAUGCCUAAAAUGAUAAUGAACUUUUUAUCAGAAAAGAACACCAUUUCCUACCCUGAAUGUAUGACUCAGUUCUAUUUUUUUACCUUUUUUGCCAUUUCUGAAUGUCAAAUAUUGGCUGUGAUGGCAUAUGACCGCUAUGUGGUUAUAUGCUAUCCCCUUCAUUAUAGUCUUAUCAUGUCCUAUCACGUGUGGUCAUGGUUGGUGGGUGGGAUGUAUGCAUUGGGCCUCACUGGGGCCACAGCUCACACAGUGUGUUUGCUUAGAGUGCUCUUCUGUAAGGAAAAUGCCAUUAAUCAUUACUUCUGUGAUCUCCUUCCACUCUUGAAGCUCUCUUGUUCUAGCACUUAUGUCAAUGAAGUGGUGGCUCUGGCCUUCAGCACAUUUAAUAUCCUUUUCCCGACCUUGACAAUUAUUUGCUCUUAUGUUUUGAUUAUUGCUAGCAUUUUAAAAAUCCAAUCCACUGGAGGCAGAUCAAAAGCCUUCAGUACCUGCAGCUCCCAUAUUAUAGCAGUUGGUGUCUUCUUUGGCUCCCUUGCAUUCAUGUACCUGCAGCCAUCUUCAGUAAGCUCCGUGGAUCAGGGAAAAGUGUCCUCUGUCUUUUACACUAUCAUUGUACCCAUGCUAAACCCCGUUAUCUACAGUCUAAGAAAUAAGGAUGUCCAAAUUGCCUUAAAGAAAGCAAUAGAAAGAACAUUCCAUUGA